UGGAGGUCUGGCUUUAUUGAAGAGAAAAGCACCAUGGCAAACACCGUGAUAGGUGUUCCAUCGCCAUCCAUUUGAGCGUCAUUUAGCUCUCUUUCCCCUGCUGAAGGUGGAUCUGUGUGGUCAGGUCAGUGGUGCUAAGGAGCUGUGAGGCUGUAUGAGCAUAGGGCACAUCCUGCUGCCAUGCAGCAAGCAGAACGGGCUGCCUCAGCCUACAGCACCCGCAGCUGGGCUGCCCCGUGCACUCACACACGCACAGCCGCCUGGCGGAAGAUGACAGCAUGCUGCUGGCUUUUGGACAAAGGAAAGUUAGCUACACUCGUAACGCCUUCCAUCUCUAUGCUGCGCUGUGUAAAUAGACAGGAACUCACUCCAGUUCAUUACGAUCGCUUUUGCAGCACGUCCCUUGAAGCGGUGGGUGGGCCGGGCCCGGGUGCCGCAGCUCUGCGCUGGAGCGGUGCAGAGUUAGGCUCAGGAUGGGGGGUAUAGUGCACAUCAUCUCUCAGUCACGAAGGAGUGCUCUUAGAGCGAGCCAAACUAGGAAGUUCGGUAAGGUCGGGAGCUCCGGUUGGUUUUAGUGCGGGCUGUUGGUUCCGAGGCGGUAACGGGGGGGGCUGGCAGCAGCCGGCAGUUCUGUUCCGGAGCCUCGCCGAGCCGCCCGGGGCGGGCCCCUUCCCGACACAGGCGGUGCCCAGCUCCGCCCCGCGCAGCUGCCCUCGGGAAGCGCUAUUUAAGUGUGCGGGCCGAGCGGGCGCGGGGCAGAGGAGCGGAGCGGAGCUGCGGAGCGCUGUCGGGGCUGCCAUGCGCCUGCCCGGAGCCCGCGCCGCUGCACGGCUCGCCGCCUGCACGGCCCGCCGCCCGCCUGCUGCUGCUCCGAGCGGUCGCUCUGUGGCUGGGAGCGCUGUUAACAGCGGCCGACCGUAGCAGCCUGCUUUUUUUUUUGCUUUUUUUUCUUUCUUUUUUAAAUUUUGUUCUUAUUUUUUUUUUUUUUCCUUGCCCUCUGCAGCAGGCUGGUUGUGCACACAGGACCUGCGGUCCGUCGAUUGAUCCUGGUGAGGCUCUGGGACAUUUGAAAGUGAUUUGGAGAGCAAAGACUGUGAUGGACACCGAAGCAAAGCCAGCGUGUAUUGCGCCGCAGGCUCACUGCCCAGGAAUGAAGCGCCCUCCUUCAGAGGACUUUCCUCCUCAGAUAAGACUGUCUGAAAAGAUUCCACCAGCGAAGCCUUGCUUCAAGAAGAAACAGCAAGUGCAGAAGAGACUGGACACGCAAACUCUCCGGGCUUUGCGGCCAAUCUUUACCAGUUUGCUGGGAUCUGGGACCUUGGAUAGAGUUUUUGUGCCUCGAGGACAAGGAGGGGAUCAUGGUGAUUUGUGUGAACCUGCUGUGAAAAAGGCUCUGGAACUCAGUACUUCUUGUCCCCAGCCAGAAAGUAAUGUGACUGUGCUGGUUCCAACAGCUCCAGACAUGCAGAGUCAAUUGCUGGGAGCUCAUCCUGUACCUGGGCAUCCUGAGCAGGAGGUGCAGUCAGGAGAGCAAAGCUUCUCAUCAGAAACUGCUCCUGGAACUGCUGCUGACACUAGUAAUGAAUCGUUCCAGGAUCGCCCUUUGCACCCAUCUUCUAGUGAUGGUGCUGCAUGUCCUUUGUUCCCAAGCAAGCUUCUGGAAAGCUACACAACUGGCUUAUUCCAAGAGAAUAGCUGUCCGAUGCAAUACACUCUAAACUCAAGCAAUAAAUUCAGUGCUGGAAUAUUCCAGGAUAAAAGUGAGGAAGCUUCACUUGAUCUGGUAUUUGAGCUUUUGAACCAGCUGCAAUAUCACACCCAUCAGGAAGAUGGAAUAGAAAUCUGUGUUGAUUUUCUCCAGGGCGCUUGUGUUUAUGGCAAUGAUUGUCCAAAACAUCACACGGUGUUGCCCUAUCACUGGCAGGUGAGAAGGACAGCAACCCAGAGUUGGCAGAGCGUGAGCAAUGAUUCCCAGGAGCAUCUGGAAAGACUGUACUGCAACCCUGACAAUGAUAGGAUCAAAGUGAAGUAUCGAGGACAUGAGUUUUGGGUGGAUUUGAAUGUUAUGAAAUUAUACGAAACUGUUGAGUUUGACCAAAUGCGGAGGUUGUCCACACCAUCCUGUCCCAGCUCCAGCUCCAACUACUACACGGUCUGGAAGUACUUCUGCAGGGACCAUUUCGUCUGGAGAGAAUAUUCUGAGCCUGUUGUACGGCUGAUAGAAGAAGCCAGCUGCCGAGGUCUGAAGGAGGUCCGCUUUGUUACCUGGCAUAACCAGUAUAUCUUAAACAUCAAAGAUGGGUUCCAGCAGAACGCGUGUUUCAGAAGAGAAAUCAAGAGAAGACCGCUUCUCCGCUCCUGCGUUGUGCUGAUGCCGUUCUUACAGACUCUAGGUGGCAAUUCUCCAGUACCCUCUCCAUCAGCCGAAUCACUUUCCUCACAUGUCUUAUCUCCAACUGCUGUUACUUCUCCAAACUUCUAUCCUGAAACCUGGAUUAGUAUGGAUCCAUCUCAGGACUUCAUCCAAGUGCCUGUUUUGAAAGAAGAUAAAAGCUAUAGAACCAUUUAUAACCUGUUUCACAAGACUGUGCCAGAGACCAAAUAUAAAAUUUUGAAAAUUCUGAGAGUGCAAAAUCAGUUUCUUUGGGAGAAAUAUAAAAGGAAAAAGGAAUAUAUGUCCAAGAAAAUGACUGGGCUUGAUAGGAUAAUGAACGAAAGGCAUUUGUUCCACGGCACCUCCCAGGAUGUGGUGGAUGGUAUCUGCAAGCACAACUUCGACCCGCGCGUCUGCGGGAAGCAUGCCACCAUGUUUGGACAGGGCAGUUACUUUGCCAGAAAGGCAAGCUAUUCUCACAAUUUUUCCAAAAGGUCACCCAAAGGAGUUCAUUACAUGUUCCUGGCUAAAGUACUGACGGGGAGAUACACUGUGGGCAAUCACACCAUGAGGAGACCUCCGCCUGUCAACCCGGGCAGCAUUACCAGUGACCUCUAUGACUCUUGUGUGGACAAUUACUUUGAGCCUCAGAUUUUUGUCAUUUUUAAUGAUGAUCAGAGCUACCCUUAUUUUAUUAUCCAGUAUGAAGAAGUUAGCAACACUGUCUCCAUUUGAAAACUUGUGCUGCUAAAUUAUUCAUUUUAAUAAACUCUUAUUGACAUUUGUAGCAGUUUUUGUGAGGGAAAAAAAAAACCAACAUUACAGAACUGAAUAAAAUUAUUUGUUUGCAAGGAGGUGAAUCUAAAAAUGUAGAAGGAAGAUCUGAAGUGACCAACUGUGCACUUGCUGUUUGAUUAUGUAUGUGCAAACUGUAAAUAUUUUUCCAUUGUUUAUAGUUGAAAAUCUGUGCCUUUUGUUAUAAAACACUGUUUAUUUAUGUUAGUAAAUAUUCAUGUUUAAAAUUGUGUUUGUGUGC